CAUUGCAGCUCAGAGAUGUUUCCUACCAAUCCAACGGAGAGUCGACCUAACUUUGUGGAGAGAAAAGGAACACUUUUCCUCCGCUCAGACCACAAGAAAUACAGCAGGGAUACCUUGGCUAGCGGAUGGCAUGCUGCUAGAGAAUCUGAGCCGAAAGACUAUGAUAUAAGCACAUCCUCAGAUAAAGAGAGGAACCUAUUGAAGGCCACAUACAACAGGAUUGGCAAUAUGGCAGAUCCUUCAUUCUUUCCAGCAACAACAGCACAAGAGGCUAUGAACGAAGGGCAGGAAUUAAAGGAAAGAUACACCGAGAAAGAAACACGUCAGCAAAUGAUAUCCAUAGCAAACUUUUCGAUUGCAGCAAACAGAAUACCAAAUAGCUCCAAUGAUUUCGGUUAUAACAGCAUUCUACCUAGACACAACCCUGAUCACGAUAAACAACACUUGGCAACAACUCAGCGAUUGGAUUACCAAUAUCAUUUACCAUGGACGCCAAAUAAAGAAGACACUGGUAUUAAAUCCUGGGAGGAGACUAGUACGCAUAGACGAAGAUUAUCAGAGUUCACUGAUACGACUGGUCACAGACGCAAAGGAAUCAACGUGUGGCAAGAUUAUAAAGAACAAUAAUUAUAAUUAUACUACAACAAAAAAUUAAUAAUUAAAAUUUAACAAAAAGAAAAAUUGAUUACUAUUGAAAAACACUAA